AGAAUUUUUGCCUCCCUAAACCCUAACCUACAUCGAAGACCUUCUUGCCAGAGAAACAAGUGAAUUCUUCAAGGACUAUUUAAUACAAGUUGCCAGGGAGCACCGGUGAUUGAGGAAAAAACUCGAAAAUCCUUUUGCGGCUCUUUCCAGUGUUGGUUUCGGCGGUGGACAGAAAGGGAAGAUGAAUAGCCCAGCUCGAGAAGAUGACCACCAGGGUGAGGUUUUCCUCGACGAACCCGAUAUCAUCCACGAAGUGACCGUCAACGAAGAAGAUCUUCCUGAUGUUAAGGAUGAAGAAUACUCCGACUCUGAAAAUAUGGGUGUCGAAGAGGAAGCUGAUGACUCAAUGCACAUAUUCACUAGUCACACUGGUAAAUUUCUCACAUUUUUUCUUAGAAAAAGGAAAGUGUGAAACCUUUUUUUUUUUUUGGUUGAAAUUAUGCUCUCUUUUUUUUGCUCUAAUUAUCAAGGAGACUACUUACACUUAUUAACUAACAGGGGCUCAGUUUAAUAAUAUCAAUUUUUUUUUAAGAAAAAAAGAGAGCUUGACAUACUUGUAUUAUACUGUUAUCUUUUUCAAGUUUCUUGCUGUUUGACAAUAUUGAGUAUGCGUACUGCAUUAUGUCUUGUGAGGAGAAAUGAUAUAAGGUGCCAUUUUGAUUGAUAUUUUAAACCUGAUAUAGAUUUGGAAUACAGAAAUAGCUUCAAGUUUGACGCAGGGCAGGUAGGCGCAGAAUAACCAGAAACUAAGAACUCUGUAAAAUUAAAGAUGGAACAAAGAA